UCAUUGUUUAGUCUUAACUUACCGCGUCUUAUAUGAGUCCACCAAAAAUCCAAUUAACCAUUUUCUCUCUCCUCUUUCUCUCUCUGAACUUUUCUUCUUCACUGCUGUUCAUUCUUCGAAUCCAUCAAAUUAUUCAUUAAAUUCUCAAUUUCCCAUAAAAUCCCAGAAUUAUUCUGCUUUCUUUGAUUACACACAAAGUACCCUAUUGAUUCUCUCUCCUCAAACCAAAAUCUAAGUCCCCUAAAUUCUCUCCUUUUUCUCAAUUCUGGCUUUUAAUGGCGAAACGUGCUUAUAAGCUCCAGGAAUUUGCGGCACACUCAGCAAAUGUGAAUUGUCUUCGGAUAGGGAAGAAAGCAUGCCGCCUUCUUCUGACGGGUGGAGAUGAUCAUAAAGUUAACUUGUGGUCAAUUGGCAAACCCACUUCUUUAAUGAGCCUAUGUGGCCAUACCACUCCUGUCGAGAGCUUGGCCUUUGAUUCGACAGAGGUGUUGGUGCUUGGUGGAGCUUCUUCUGGUACAGUGAAGUUAUGGGAUCUGCAAGAAGCAAAGAUGGUUCGAACUCUUACUGGUCAUAGAUCCAAUUGCACUUCUGUUGAAUUCCACCCAUUUGGAGAAUUUUUUGCAUCUGGUUCAGCAGACACUGACUUAAAGAUCUGGGAUAUAAGAAAAAAGGGAUGUAUUCACACAUACAAGGGGCACAAUCUCGGUAUCAAUGCUAUUAAGUUCACACCUGAUGGUCGAUGGGUUGUUUCUGGUGGAUCUGAUAAUGUUGUAAAGGUAUGGGAUUUAACUGCUGGAAAGUUGUUGCAUGAUUUCAAGUUUCAUAAUGGCCCUAUCACAUCCUUAGACUUCCACCCUCUCGAGUUCCUUCUAGCCACAGGUUCAGCAGAUAGAACUGUUAAAUUCUGGGAUUUGGAAACUUUUGAAAUGAUUGGAUCUGCCAGGCCCGAGGCUGCAGGAGUGCGUGCGCUAACCUUUCAUCCUGAUGGAAGGACCCUUUUUUGUGGAUAUGACAAUAACCUGAAGGUUUAUUCAUGGGAGCCUGUAAUAUGUCAUGAUUCCAUUGACGUUGGAUGGUCAACACUGGGUGAUCUCUGCAUACGCGAAGGAAAUCUCAUAGGUUGCUCUUCUUAUCGGAACUCCAUUGGUGUUUGGGUCGCUGAUCUCUCAUGUGUUGAGCCAUACGGGACUGCUGAUUCUGGCGCACCUCAAGAGAGAAGUCCUGUUGAGCUGAAGGCUGACAUGCGAGAAAGUCAGUCUGCUGAAGCAACGUCAACUGUUGGGUCUUCUUUCGGCUCUCGUUCCUCAUCCCCAGAUACCGAUUCUAAAGAUAUUAAGAACAUAUAUGUGGACUAUGAGAAGCCAAUUAGCUCUCGCAAAACGCGCUUACGGAAUACAUCAAAACCGGUGCCGUCUGAUUUGAAGGAAACCAGCAAGUUAUCGUCUAAAAAACACAAUACUCCUAAUGCUACAUCUGGAAAAUCUAAUGGUCAAGCUGGUGGGAGGUCAUUUAUUACCCCAACCUUUGUUCCUAGAGACAGUUCAAGUGGUAAAAGUUUUUCCAAUUCUAGAAGAGAGUCAAUUACACCUGCAAAGCCUGGUAGUGUGGGGUCGAUCAAGGCUACAUACACAAGACAGUCAUCCAAGAGCAAGUAUGAUGUGGAUGCUGCAGAUCCAAAUUUCCUUGAUAGGUUUGUACUGGAAGUGGGAACUAGAGACAGUUCAGGUGGCAAAUGUUUUGCAAAUUCUAGAAGAGAAUCAAUCGCACCUUCAAAGCCUACACUAACAAGGAAGUCAUCCAGGACCAAAUUUGAUAUAGAUGAUGCAGAUCCAAAUUUCCUUGAUAGGCUUGUACUGGAAGUGGGAGCUAAGGAUUUAGAUGGAGACAAGAAUCCAACUCCAGAAAGUUUUGAAGAGAAGUUUGAAGAAAAGCCAUCUCCUCCAAUAGUUUCUGACCCUCAGAGUGUAGGCGGUGAGCCCUUUGAUCGUCAAGAGAUGCAAAGUGUAAAAGUGGCAGAUGGAGCUGCAGCAGUUGCUCAUGGUAGGACACGGUCUCUUGUUGAGAAAUUCGAAAGGGGAAGAUUUGUGGGCAGUGAAGAUCAAACAAUCAGCGCAUCCCCUGAUGUCGUUGCUGAUAGGAUUAACAGCUCUGCGACGCUAAAAGAAGAGCCUCAAGUCUCUGGUAGAGAAUCGCCCUCAGCAAGCGAUGCAUAUGUUAUUGAAGAUCUUAUGGAAAAUCAUGAUGCUCUACUCAGUGGUCUUCGUGCUCGCCUCACAAAGUUGCAGAUGGUGCGGCACUUGUGGGAACGAAAUGAUAUAAAAGGCGCCAUUACAGCUCUGAAGACGUUGCCUGAUCAUUUUGUCCAGGCUGACGUAAUUAGCGUUUUUGCGGAGAAGAUGGAAAUUGUUACCAUGGACUUGUUCUCCUGUAUGCUACCUAUACUGGUGGGUCUCCUGGAUAGCAAGAUGGAAAGGCAUGCAAAAAUGUCUUUGGAGUUAUUGCUGAAGCUUGUUGCAUGUUAUGGGCCUACAAUACGCUCAACCAUCUCAGCACCACGUUGUGUAGGUGUUGAUCUUCAUCAAGAAGAAAGGAUUGCGUGCUGCAAACAGUGUUUUAUCCAACUGCAGCAGAUACAAGGACUUCUUCCUGCACUUGCCAGGAAGGGUGGAUCAGUUGCAAGAUCUGCUUUGGAAUUGAAUCUAAUACUUCAAGAUCAUAGCGUAUAAUUCUUACGACCGAAUUUUUGGAUCAACAAGGAAGGGUUUUGUUCCCUAGUUGUGAUGUGCCAGAGCUUCUGUUGAUUCAUACAUGCUGAUUUUUGCUUUUCUUCCAUCGCCUGUUAAUAUCUCCGGAUGGCCGCCAAACACCAAGAAUCAGUAUUAUAAAUAAUCAAAUAGUUGGUUGUAUUCUAUGUAUCAUUUCCAGUCCAUCAAAAGGAUGUGCAAGCUUUUCACCUAUUGCCAUUCUUUUUUAGAUGGGCGCUGCCCCCUGUAAUUUUAGUUGUUAAUUGUAAUGUAACUAUUUCCAAUGAGAAAACGGCUGAAAAAUCCCUGUAUUUCAUGUUGGGAAAUUCAUGAGACAUCAGAAUAUCUACCUACAAAAUUUACAAAUUCAACAUUGUUGUUUUGUUUCACAAA